CUUUUCGUCGUUGCAGGGUCAUAUGACAUCGAGAGAUCAAGUGACUGAGUGUAGCUGUGCGAAAAAAUUAAAAAUUCUGGUUAAAUUCUCAUCGUAGACGAUCUGCAGGAUGCGGUACACACUCGGAUACACUUUCGCAACAUCACUGGUCUCAGUGUCAACAGUGCUGAUCCUGUACCAUGUCCUUACGGGUAAAGGUGAGCGAGUCAGCGUUGGCUGGUUCUUGGAGGAGACCUCACCGUACAUGUGGGCUACUCUAGGAAUUGCGUUUGCCGUUGCCCUUUCCGUGGUGGGAGCUGCUAUGGGAAUCCAUACGACAGGAGUCAGCAUUGUUGGAGGUGGUGUCAAGGCUCCCAGGAUUAAAACUAAAAAUUUGAUUUCCGUUAUCUUCUGCGAAGCGGUUGCCAUUUAUGGUUUGAUUACUGCCAUUGUACUUUCUGGUAUGCUGGACAGCUUUUCCUGGACUACGAUUACGGCCAAUGAGACCAUCCGGAACAACAACUGGUUCUCCGGUUAUGUAAUGUUCGGUGCCGGACUGGCUGUCGGUUUAGUUAAUCUGUUCUGUGGUAUUGCCGUUGGUAUCGUGGGUUCAGGUGCCGCACUUGCUGAUGCUGCAAAUUCAACACUUUUCGUUAAGAUUUUGAUUGUGGAAAUCUUCGGUUCCGCUAUUGGCUUGUUUGGACUGAUCGUGGGCAUUUACAUGACUUCUAAAGUCAAGAUGGGUGACAAGGAUUAAAGUGUAGCAUAUGUUGGAGUACGUUCAUUAUAUUCUUAGUAAGCAAGUGAAAUAUUGUAGCGCCCCAAAGUCAUCCUAAAUAAUCGAGUGCUGUGCUCGCAUAUUUUCUCAAUGUGUAACCAGAACACACGGCCAUUCCAAUUCUAUGAAUAAAACGCACUUUCAAACUAUCAGCUGUAAAUGGCGCAUAAAAAUAUCGGGUAUUUCCGUAGAUCAUCCUUUCUGUUUGUAACGUUUCGCUGCUACCUGUUUAAAAACGAACAUUUCGACUUCUAACUUCAAACAACACGGUGAUCAUCUUUUUGUUUUUUAUUUUGUUAUGUGACGGAUUUCGCGCUAACUGGACCAGAUGUUGGCAGCACGCUCUCAGAAUCCAAAGAAACUUCGUAGUUGUGUAGGCCUUACUAACGAAGCAACUUUGCAUACUUCGUUUUUCAAAUCAUUUUCUAGACUUACAUUUAAAAAGAGCUGUGAUUUUUUUUUUAAAAUCCAUUUAUCUGAAUAAUGACUAGAGAUAGAGAAAAUUUGUCAAGGAAUGAUUUUAGGCAAGUUGUCUGCAAUCUUAAAAAAUCUUCAGCCCUUUUCAAAUAUCAAUCUAAAUAAAUUUUUGAAAAAUUAAGUUGAAUGAAGUUAGAAAAAAAAAAUGAAAAAGUAAAAUUGUUUAGUUUGGAAGGCCUUUUCUCACAAACUUUUAUUGGAUUCUGAGAAGGUGCUGCCAACAUCUGGUCGAGUUGGCGCGAAAUUCUAUGUUAAAAAUUAUGUACAUAUGUAUCGAGACUUACGGCCUCGUUAUAGAAAACAAGGUAUAUCGUUUUUCUUUCGAUUGAAUGAUAAGAUAUCGAAACGAAAUACGAUAUGCACUAUUCAAUAACAAGGUUAUUAAGCUUGUUCAAUGGUUUAAGCUAUUAUAAAUGUAAAGAGUAUCAAAUUGUGUGUAACGAAUUCCUCGGAAACUAUUCCCAAGAAAAUAAAACACCGAAGCUUUUUCCCCAGAACACAAAA